AAUCUAAUAAAAAUUUAAGAAAAAAACUCAUAUCAAUAUGUAUAUAAGUAACCAACAAUGUAUGAGUUAAAUGGUUCUUCGCAUUCUUGCAAAGGGCCAAAGACACAAUCAAUCCACCUAGCUCUAUAGAGUUGAAAAACAAUUAAUCUAUGAAACAAACAAUGAAGAUUCUUAGCUAUAUAUGUCACAGAGUAGGGUGGGCCUAAGGCACAUGAACAUCACGUGCAUGCUAGAAAAUGAACGUAGACAAGAACAACAACCCCUAUAUAUUGACACUAAGCAACCUUGUCAGCUUCCCAUAAUUGAUACUUCACCCUGCUACACUCCAAAUGGAUGACUUCCAACCCCAGCUUCGAAACUCCACCGCUCCCAAAUGUGCCAACAGCAAGAAGAGACUCACCCAAGAACAGCUGUCCCUCUUGGAAACCAGCUUCAGCUUCAACAAGAAGCUUGAGCCUCACCGCAAGGUCCAGCUGGCGGAGCAUCUGGGUCUGCCGCCGCGCCAGGUGGCGAUCUGGUACCAGAACAAGCGCGCGCGGUGGAGGAACCAGACCCUGGAGAUCGACCACCGCACCCUCCAGCUCCGCCUCGACGCCGCCCUUGCCGACAACAAGCGGCUGGAGAAGGAAGUCGGACGGCUGAAGCAGGAGCUGGAGCACAAGGCCCGGCAACUGAUGUUUCUUUCUUCUUGUUCUAAUACGCACUGUGCUGGUUCCGCGGAUUAUGGCUCUUACUGCUCUGUUUCUAAUUCUUUGUCUAUUAAUGCCUCUGCGGGUGAUGUCGUUGAGGAUGGGAGCUCGAGUUUGCUCGGCGACCGAUCGGAGGACUGCCUGGAGAAGGAGCUGUAUGCUUGCUUGGUGGGCGGCGAUGGCCGCGGCGGUGAUGAUCGGUUUGGGAAAUCAGACGGUGACGAUUACUUUGCCCCGGCUAUAUCUAGAUGAUCGCAGGACGCAUAGGGGAACUCCGUAGCUAAUUAAAGAGGAUUAAAAUUUGAUGAUCGAAUCAUCAGGAUCUUUACUGUUUAUUGAAGAGGAGCUGUGUCAUAUAUAUAUAUAUAUAUAUACAUACAAUUAUCUAUGCACUUCAUAAUUAUGCCAUUCUAUAUACAGAUGUGUUAAUUCUCAUUUUAAA